AUGCGCCUUCUACCGAUUCUCCUCUCCUUGGUGGCAGCCUCAACGGCCGCCCCAUCAAACUUCCUUGACGAUGCAUACGAUUUCUCUGAAGAUCUCGCCGGCUUCUAUGGCAAAGUCAGCAAGUAUAUCAACCAACUGAAACAAAAUUCAACACCGGGCGCUUUGGGAUGCGACGUAUCCAAGAUUGCAUUGCCAAGUUAUGCAUCUGGUCUACCGAGCUCGGAUGGUUUGAGUCCACUGUAUGUUGCACUUGGACGAGGAACACAGAAUUAUACCUGUGCAGACAGCUCGGCAAACUCCGUUCCCGAGGCCGCUGGAGCAGUCGCGAACCUCUACAACGCCACUUGCAUCGCAGCAAACCACCCAGACCUUCUGGAGAUGCUUCCUGGGGUCGCCUAUACGAUCAGCCUGCCAUCCAAGGAUCUGGCACGAUUCCCCCCGGCAAAUAUCCUAUUGAUGGGCCACCACUUCUUCUACGACUCAACCACCCCCGAGUUCAACCUGGAUCUGCCGAACAAAAAUUUCGGCAUUGUGAUGACCAAGAAGAAGGGCUCGAUUGAUGCCCCGUCGACGGCGAAGAAGGGCAAAUAUGGUGCUGUGUCUUGGCUAUAUCUCACCAACACCACCGGUACCGUUGGCAACUAUGGAGAGGUCGCGGUGUAUCGUGUUGACACAGCUUCCGGCUCUCCACCGGCAACCUGUGAGGGGCAGCCCAAAAACAUUGAGAUUGCCUACUCCGCCAACUAUUAUUUCUUCGGGAAAUAA